AAUAUGACAGUCUGGCAAAGGUAAUUGCUAAACAGCCAAACAGAAAAGAAACGACAAGGUAUGCUAAAUAAUAGACAUCUCGAACGGGAUCUCAAAGGGAUCUUAUUAUGAUCCUAGCAGUUCUGUGGGAGGUCGUAGGAUUAUGUAAGAUUCUGUAAAAUUCAAAUUUUUGCAAUAAAUAUAGGCAGAUUGAAAGCUUGGAUAAAGAACUACAGGCAAUGAAAGAAACACAAGAAACUCUUGCCACAAAGGUACUGUACAUUUGAAAAAGAGUCGAUCCGACUCAAUCGAGCGAGAUGGCCCGAAAUAUUUACCCAUAAACCUUAAUACCAUUGCAUCACCUUAGUAUAUAUACAUGAACUUGCGGUUAGAGCUGGAUAACUGGACUCUGUAGCUCAGUUGGUUAGAGCGCUGCACAGGAAUCGCAGGGCCGCUAGUUCAAUUUCUGGCAGAGAGCUUAUAGUUGCAUUUUUCGUAGCUGCUCCUGGUUAGGUCCAAAUAAAUGUUUAAAAUUUAUACUCGAAGUUUCCACCUACAAAAUCCUUCAACAUUAGUUCAAUCGAGUGAGAUGCCCAAAAAUCCGGAUAUUUGAGAAAGUGUUUGAAUGACUUUUUCUGCUAUUUUUUGUGUUUCUCGUCACUAUUGAGAAUUUUAUCAUUUAAUUAUAAUCAUCGUUGUUCACAUCUCAAUGGAGUAAAUAUUUUUAAUAAUUGUUUAGCUUGAGCUGCGAAAGAAACAAUUUCAUCUUCUUAUUCACACCAUUCAUGAGUUGCAAGAAAUGUUAGAAGGUAAUCUGCACAGUGCGCAUACAGCUAUUUCAGUUAAGGUUGUCCCCGAGCAGAGCGGAAAAGUCGAAUACGAGCUCGAAAGGCUUGCUGGUAAAUGCUAAAAAAUUAAUGAAUUUUUUAGCGAUUCCCAGCAAGCCUUUCGCGCUGGUAUUCGACUUUCCCGCUUUGAUUGGGGACAACCUUAAUUGAAAUAGCUAUAUACUGUUGUAUUUCUGUUAAAUAUAUUACGACCGUUUGUUAGCUUAGUUGGUUUCAACAUAUUAGUAUACCAUGAUUUGUUUCUUUUAGAAGACUCCAGUGGUAUCAAUACAACAAAAGAUUCGCAAAUUGAAGGUGCCAGUGCUGACGUCAUGGAUACAUCAUGA